GGAGGCGGGGGCGGGAGGGUCCCGGGGCCUGGGCCCCGAGAGUUUGCGAGUCGUGCUCGGCACGGGCUGCCGGGACAGUCUUUGCGCCCCGAAGAGCGUUCAGGCCCUGGGCAGCCUCACCUAGGACCUGCCGGAGACUUGCGCCGAGGUUAGAGUUACUUGUAAAUUGGUAAAAAGUCGCUAUGGAGACUAAGGACCAGAAGAAACACAGAAAGAAACACAGUGGGCCCAAAGCUGAGAAGAAAAAGAAACGGCAUCUGCAGGAUCUCCAACUUGGAGAUGAGGAAGAUGCCCGGAAGAGAAACCCCAAAGCUUUUGCAGUCCAGUCUGCUGUGCGGAUGGCACGAUCCUUUCACAGGACUCAGGAUUUGAAGACAAAAAAGCAUCACAUUCCAGUGGUUGAUCGAACUCCAUUAGAGCCCCCACCAAUAGUGGUGGUGGUGAUGGGACCUCCAAAAGUUGGAAAGAGCACUUUGAUCCAGUGCCUCAUUCGGAACUUCACCAGGCAGAAACUGACAGAGAUCAGAGGCCCUGUAACAAUCGUGUCAGGUAAAAAGCGCAGACUCACCAUUAUUGAAUGUGGGUGUGACAUUAACAUGAUGAUUGAUCUGGCUAAAGUGGCAGAUUUGGUUCUGAUGCUUAUAGAUGCCAGCUUUGGGUUUGAAAUGGAAACAUUUGAGUUUCUAAACAUCUGUCAAGUACAUGGCUUUCCCAAAAUUAUGGGCAUUCUCACUCACUUAGAUUCCUUCAAGUAUAAUAAGCAACUGAAGAAGACAAAGAAGCGAUUAAAACACAGGUUCUGGACAGAAGUCUACCCGGGUGCCAAGCUGUUCUACCUUUCUGGAAUGGUACAUGGAGAAUAUCAAAACCAAGAAAUUCACAAUCUGGGCCGUUUUAUUACAGUAAUGAAAUUUAGGCCUCUUACGUGGCAAACCUCUCAUCCUUAUAUCCUAGCAGACAGGAUGGAAGAUUUGACAAACCCAGAAGAUAUUCGAACAAAUAUCAAAUGUGACCGAAAGGUGUCUCUUUAUGGUUAUUUAAGAGGAGCACACUUGAAAAAUAAAAGCCAAAUUCACAUGCCAGGUGUAGGAGAUUUUGCUGUGAGUGAUGUCAGUUUCCUCCCGGACCCCUGUGCACUUCCUGAACAACAAAAGAAGCGCUGUUUAAAUGAGAAGGAGAAGUUGGUUUACGCACCUCUGUCUGGAGUUGGUGGUGUGCUCUAUGACAAAGAUGCUGUCUAUGUUGAUCUUGGUGGCAGCCAUGGCUUCCAGGAAUUGGACGAGGUGAGGCCCACCCAUGAACUGGUACAGAGUCUCAUUUCCACCCAUUCCACUAUUGAUGCCAAGAUGGCUUCAAGUAGAGUGACGCUUUUUUCAGAUUCCAAACCACUGGGCUCAGAAGAUAUAGAUAAUCAAGGGCAGUGGAUGCCAAAAGAGGAAAAGCAGGUGGAUCUGAAAACUGGUCGCGUGCGUCGGAAAGCCAUUUUUGGAGAUGAAGAAGAUGAGUCUGGAGAUAGUAAUGAUGAAGAUGAUGAAGAAAUGUCUGAAGGGGACAAGUUGGAUGAUAGCUGUAGUGAUGAUGAAACAGAAGAUGAAGCAGAUACCGAAAUGAUGGAUAUGAUGUACACAAGGGAAAAAGGUGUCAAACGCCAGAGACUCCAGGAGAUGGAAGAAGACCUCGAGGCGGAUUUGCCAGCAUUUGCUGACAGUGAUGAUGACCUUGAGAGGAGCUCAGAGGAUGAAGGAGAAGCAGAGGAAGCUGAUGAAAGCAGUGAAGAAGAGGAUUCCCCUGCAGAAGAGAGGGAUAUUUCAGAAUCUAAAGUUGUUGGAGACUAUAGUAAAGCAGGACUUUUACAAACUAAUGGCCUGAGUAAAAGUUUGAAUCUGGAGAGUUCUUUGACAGUCAACAAAGCCACCCUCGCCAUUUCAGAUUCAGGCCAUUGCACAGCUGAAGAGGCAUUUGCAUCUGAAGAUGAAACUGAGGAAAGCUCCUCUCUCAAUACAGAGGAAGAGGAUUCAGAAAAUGAAGAGGUUAUUAGGAAAAAGUUCCCAAAGUCUUCUCAAGUGGCUGGUGAUCAGAGACUGGGGUCAGAGAACUUAAUUGGUGAGACCAGUGAUGUCGAAGACUUACUCAAAGAGGAAGAAGAUUACAAGGAAGAAAACGACUAUUCCACAGAAACUUCAGGUGCCCUCAAGUGGAAGGAAGACCUUUCCAGGAAGGCAGCUGAGGCCUUUCUGAGGCAGCAACAAGCAACUCCAAACCUUCGAAAACUUAUUUAUGGCACAGUGACAGAGGAUAAUGAAGAAGCAGAUGGUGAUACCAGGGAAGAACUUGGAGGGUUGUUUCGUGUCAGUCAGCCUUCAAGAGAAUGUAAGCACAAACUUGACUCUUUGGACUGCUCCAGAUUUCAUGUGGAGGCGCCCCAUGAUUGGGAUUUAGAGGAGGUAAGGUUGAAUGUGAAUCAUAUGUUUGACUUAUGAGACUAUCCGAGAAUUGCUCUAAAAGAAGAUUAUGUGAUUUCAGUAAUGCCUACCUAUUAUUAGCUUUUCAUUUUUAUAAGAUAAUAGGACAUUCCCCCAGAUAUUGGACUGGAUAUUUCAUGCAUCCCAAGGAAUAAUGUGUUUUGAGUUUAGGCAGACUGUAUGCAUAUGUUAUGGAGAAAGGAAAUGUGGAUAGUAGUGUUAAUCUUUAUUUUGAAGC